CAGGGAGAUUGUUAACGGUUGUAGUUGAUGUUUGGUGUCAUAUUUUUGAAAAGAUGUCGCUCAAUCGGAGUAUCGGCAGUGCGCAGUACAUGAAAAAAAGGAUACCGAAAAACGAAAAGUAUCAACAUGUCAAAACCAGGCUGGACACAGGGUGCAGCCUUACAAAAUAUCUGGAAAAACUCGAGGAUAUUAAAAAAAAUUACAGGUAUCGAAAAGAUGAAAUCUUCAAGCGGUUGAAGGUAUCAACGUUUGCCCAACUGGUGCUUCAGGUGGCCUCCGUAUCGGAGCUGAAUGAAAGCGAGAUUGAAGACCGUCUGUCCAUGGCGUCUGACGUGGACCUGGAGUGCCUGUCUGAACGCACCAACGGGUCCCCACAGGCCUCGCCGCAGCCUGCUCUCCAGGAGGCGGGAGACGCCGGGGAAACCUGCCACUCCGCCAGGUCCACGCUACUAAGUGUCAUCAGUGGCGUCGGGGAGAUGAACGUGGACCAGAACCACCGGGAGGCACCGGCGCCCGGCCCCCAGCCCGCCAUCGGGCCCUACCCCGACUGCCCCUACCUGCUGCUGGACGUGCGGGACCGCGACCAAUACGACCGCUGCCACAUCAUCAGCGCACACAGCUUCCCCAUCGCCACGCUGUCCCGAACGAUGAACCCCUACACCAAAGACGUGCUGGAAUAUAAGAACGCGGCGGGGAGGAUCAUCAUCGUGUACGACGAGGACGAGAGGACGGCGGGCCAGGCGGCCACCGCCAUGUGCCAGCGGGGGUUCGACAACCUGUUUCUGCUCUCCGGGGGUUUAAAGGUGAUCGCUCAGAGAUUUCCAGAGGGGAUGACGACGGGCUCCAUCCCGGCCUCGUGCUCCUCCCCCUCGCUGAGGGCGAAGAGGAGCUCCGCGCCGCCGCCGCCGCCGCUGCCGCUGCCAGCGGAGGACAGGUGGCGGUUCACGUCGGACGAGCUCACCAGGAUCCAGGAGCAGCUGGAGGAGAUCCUCAUCCCCAGCAACUCCAGCAGCCGCAUGUCGUCCAGGCGCGCGUCCUCCAGCAGCUCCGCCUCCAAAGCGUCCGGCGCUCGCAGCCGACAGAGUUCCUCCGGCUCCGUGAGGGACGGCGCCCGGGUUCAGAGCAGCAGAGCCUGGAAAUAACACCUAACCCCCCCCCCCCAGGCCCUCUUCAUUAUAGACAGUGUUGGCUCACGUCCCUCUACCACGCUCUGAAAGGACACAAAUGGAAACACAGACUUUUUGUUUCAUUUUAACGCCACUUCUUUAUGUCAGAAGCAUUUUGUUUUUCUUAUAAUAUUUAAUAAAUGCCGCAAUGUUUGCACGGUGCCUCGUCUGAGAACUGAUGUAGUGCCCUCAAAUACGUUUUUCAUGUUCACACUAUUCUCAUUAAUUACUUUUCAUUCACCAGCUGAUGACGUCAUUCCCUUCGAAUCUGUUCUUCUCUUUCACAUCAUUUCAUUCACAAAGGUCCAUCAGUGUGACAGCUGACAAAUGAAUGAACCUGUAACGGAUCACAUGGGAUGUCAUUUAAAUAAGGAUCCUUUUCGUAAUAUUAAGAAAAGCUGCAGUCAUUUUGUAAUUUUCUCCACAUUGUCAUUGCUGUGAUUCCUAAACUGACGGCCUUCAUGUAAAACCCCUUUGUGUGUGUGUGUGUGUGUGUGUGUGUACACAAGUUGCAUUUAAUAAGCAGUAUUUCUGUGUUGCCUUUUUCUUUUGGUGGCAUAUUAGUGACUUAAUACAUUGAUCUUCUUUUCUGGAUACGCUCACAUUCUAAUUAUAGAAAGUAACUCCAGUUGGAUCACAUGAUUUUAUUUGUAAAUGAGUGUCAGAUAUAAAGGGUUUAAUUGUUUGCUGGUUCUCAGUGAGACACAACGUUGGCAAAAGCAACUGAAUGAUUUUUUUUUUUGUUCAAUGAGUUUAAAUGAAAUCUUCCUUUUUGUCCAGUUGCAUACUGGAUGAAUAAUGAAACAACCGCAUUCUGGUCACAUCGGGGUAAUGGCAGGGUAAAUGUAAAAAUGUUACCCGUAAGCAUCAAAUAAAAAUCCUGUGAUCAGGAUCAGAUUGGGAGAAAUAAAUUAACAUCACCCAAUACGUUAUAUUUUGUAUUUAGUCAUUUUUUGUAUCUUGUUGGGCCAGGUGUGAGUAGAGAGAGGUUUGAAAGAUGUGAAAUAAUGCAGACAAAUGUGCAUAAAUAUGUGAAUAACUGCACUCAAUUAAAACGACUUAAAGUCAUCAGGUUUUCAGGUGGGCUUUUUUUUAUUCAUCCGUUAAAGAGCGGUGACGCACGGCGAUGAUGUGAUAUCAGUCACCUCCUCUCCACGGGCCCUUCCAACGCACACACACACACACACACAGACUAGUACGGGUUCUUAAGGGUGUGG